GUGCCAAAAAACAGAGGCGAUAAUGCCACACGCUAUCCUAAGCAACAAUAGAAGGCAACUCGGAUGCCUUCAAUUAAACCUCCACCAUGCAAAGGCUGCCUCGGCUGAACUAGCAAGGAGGUUUAACAAACAAAACUUGGAUAUAGCUCUAAUCCAAGAACCGUGGGUACGUGACAGAGUCAUUGAGGGACUCCAAGAUGUUAAUGUUCACUACCACCGAUCUCGUUGCGAUCUGGACCAAGGUGCCAACAGACAAAGGCGAGCACGAGGUAAUCAUUGCCUCUGCCUACCUUCCAGGAGAUGAGGAAACUGCUCCAACAAGGGAACUUGUAGCCCUAGUCAACUACUGCAAGGAGAACCACCUACGCUGGAUAAUAGGAUGCGAUGCGAAUGCCCAUCAUACGAUAUGGGGCAGCACAAACAUCAAUGCGAGAGGUGAGUGCCUUCUUGAAUUCUUACUUAGAUAUAAUGUAUCAAUAGUAAACCGAGGCAAUGAACCAACAUUUAGGAAUGCAAUAAGGGAGGAAGUACUUGAUCUUACCCUAUGCAGUCCAAAUGUACUAUCAGAAGUCUCAAAUUGGCAUGUGUCCGGGGAAGCAUCAAUGUCGGACCACAGUCUUAUCAGGUUUGACUUAGGUGCUACCUUACCGCACAUAACAAUUUACAGAAAUCCAAGGAAUAUAAAUUGGAAUGUCUUUCACUUUAACUUAGAACAAAGUGCUAACUACUCUAAGCAUCACCUGGUGCUUAAAUCUGAGCUUGAGAUGGAGGGUGCGUAUCAGCAUUUAAUUGGCCAAGACCAUCGCGCGGGGCUAGCACAGCAAACCGUUUCCAGUUGCCUUUGGGAAGUUUGCAGUGCAAUUGAAAAGGUAUUGUGUCCAAAACAUAACGUUUUUUCGUUGAGCAGUGAAGAGAAACAGGAUGCCAACCGUAGCUUUUACGAAACAUGCGGAAUUCCGGGUGUGGUAGGAGCAGUGGACGCACAUCCAAAUGAUAAGGCCAUCAAUUGA